AUGUCGUAUUACGCAAAAGGCCACCGCUAUAACCCCAACGAAGACGAAGACGUCGAUGAUUUCGACGAGUUUGAUCCAACCCCAUACGGCGGCGGAUACGACAUUACCCUCACCUUUGGCCGCCCUCUUCCUCCCUCCGAUGAAAUAUGCUACCCUCAGUCGUCAGCCUCCUCCGGCAGCUACGGUUCCGGUGGCUCCAGUUACCAGUCCCACGGGGGGAAUUCUUCAUACGGUGGUGGGUCGGGUAUUGGGAGGAGGAACGAUGACGAAGGGUCCGGCCACAGGCGGCAGAGUGGAUCGGGGUAUGGAGGAAGGAGUGAGUAUGAUAAUCCAAGCUCGGAAUAUGGUUCCGGGAAUCGGCGGAAGAACGAUUUAGAUGGGUAUGGAUCUGGUCAGGGCGGAGGGAGGAGGACUGAGAGUGGUGAGUAUGGUGGUGGACGGAAUACUUAUGGACGUAAUGAUGACGAUGAAGAUGAUAACAGGAGACCUUCAUAUGGUCGACGUAACGACGAUGAUGAUGACCGGAGAAACACAUAUGGCAGACGAAAUGAUGAUGACGAUGAUGGUCGGAGAAACACAUACGGUAGGAGAAAUGAUGAUGACGAUGAUGAUCGGAAACCUAGCUACGGCAGGCGAGAUGAUGACGAUUACGAUGGUUCUCGUGGCAAUAGAUAUAGUGAUGAUGAUAGGAACCGCUUUCAGCAUCGUGGACGCUACGAUGAAUAA